UUCCCUCUCUCUCCCUCUCUCUCUCUCUCACUCACUCUCUCACCCCCCUCCCCCCCCCUUUCUUUUGUUUAAUAUAACGGCACCACAGAUGAUUGGCAGCGACGUGCCCGUUCGGCGGCGGCUGGGCUCGGGCUGGUCCCUGGAGGGGGAUGGCACGCCGCGGCCACCCCUCUUGCACCGAGGGGGCUUCUGGUGGUGAGAAGGCCCCCCGGCUCACCCCUCCUCUGCCCUCUUGGCGUGCUCCGGCUUCCCCUCCAUCUGUCUGCCUGGCCCCCCCUCCAGACAAGUCAAGGAGGGUUAUAGCAUACGCUACCUGAUGGACCGCAUGAGCGAGGAUACUCUGCGUCUCAACCGCUUGAAGCGGACCCUGGACCAAGCCGAAGAGCGGGACGAUGUCUUGGCCAAGAGGCUGAAGAUGGAGGGCCACGAGGCCAUGGAGCGCCUCAAGAUGUUGGCAUUGCUCAAAAGGAAAGACCUGGCGGGCAUCGAGGUGCCCCAUGAGCUGCCCGUCAAGCAGGAUGGACUGAAAGUCUACGAGGAAAAGCUGAACGGAAACCUGAGACCCCACGCCGACGGACGGUCUUCCGGGAGAUCCGGCAAGGAGAACAUCAACGACGAACCAGUGGACAUGAGUGCGAGAAGAAGCAGCGAUCAAGACAGGGGGCGGCUCACCCCUUCUCCGGACGUCAUCGUCCUCUCCGACAACGAAGCCUCCAGCCCUCGCUCCAGCUCCCGCAUGGAAGAGCGUCUGAAGGCAGCCAAUCUGGAAAUGUUCAAGGGGAAAGGGGUUGAGGAGAGGCAGCAGCUCAUCAAACAGUUGCGGGACGAGUUGCGGUUAGAGGAAGCCCGGCUGGUGCUGUUGAAGAAACUACGGCAAAGCCAGCUGCAGAAGGAGAACGUGGUACAGAAGACUCCGGUUGUCCAGAACGCAGCGUCUAUAGUCCAGCCAUCUCCUGCCCACGUCGGACAGCAGGCUCUGUCCAAACUUCCCUCCCGACCUGGAGUUCAAGGGGUUGAGCCCCAAAACCUCAGAACAUUACAGGGUCACAGUGUCAUCCGAUCGGCCACCAACACCGCACUUCCCCACAUGCUUAUAUCCCAGCGCGUCAUUGCCCCCAACCCCACCCAGCUUCAAGGACAGCGCAUCCCUUCCAAACCAGGCCUGAUCCGCAGCAGCACGCCGAACAUGAGCCCUGCUAUCAAUUACCAGCCGCCGUCCUCUUCGGCAGUGCCCUGCCAGCGAACCAGCUCCUCCGCCAUCUAUAUGAACCUCGCCUCUCACAUCCAGCCCGGGACGGUGAACAGGGUGGCGUCCCCCCUGCCCAGUCCCAGCGCCAUGAAUGACGCCGCCAACUCCCAGGCCGCCGCCAAGCUCGCCCUGCGCAAGCAGCUGGAAAAGACUCUGUUGGAGAUCCCGCCCCCCAAACCUCCCGCCCCCUUGCUCCACUUCCUGCCCAGUGCGGCCAACAGCGAGUUCAUCUACAUGGUGGGACUGGAAGAAGUGGUCCAGAGUGUCAUCGACAGCCAAGGCAAAGGAUGCGCCUCCCUCCUCCGAGUGGAGCCCUUUGUCUGUGCCCAGUGCCGCACGGACUUCACCCCGCAUUGGAAGCAGGAGAAGAACGGGAAGAUCUUGUGCGAGCAGUGCAUGACCUCCAACCAGAAAAAGGCGCUGAAGGCCGAGCACACCAACCGGCUGAAGAAUGCCUUCGUCAAAGCUUUGCAGCAGGAGCAGGAGAUCGAGCAGCGGCUGCAACAGCAGGCCACCCUCUCGCCCACCACGGCUCCGGCCAGCGUGGCCAGCGUCAGCAAGCAGGAGAGCAUCAUGAGGCAUCACACACUCCGACAGCCCCCCCAGCCUCAAAGCUCCCUACAACGUAGUUUACCCACCUCCGCUCGCUCCAUGCUCUCCAACUUCGCACAGGCGCCACAGCUACCCGUCGCCAGCGGUCUCCUCGGGAUGCCAGGAGUCAACAUCGCCUACCUGAAUGCCGGGAUGGGCGGCCACAAAAGUUCCAGCUUGGCGGACCGGCAGCGAGAAUAUCUUCUCGAUAUGAUUCCUCCGCGCUCGAUAUCGCAAUCCAUCAGCGGGCAAAAAUAACACCAGCCCCGCCCCCCCUCCUCCUCCUCCUCCCCAUGACUCCCCAUCUGCGCCCCCCCCCCUCGUCCGUCGCAUGCAGUGCCUGUACUGGUGCCUACCACAGAGGGACAGGACCCCCCUCCCAGAAAACAUUGGGGGAAAAAGGAAGAAAAACAAAGCAAAAAUGAAGACGAGAAACUUUCGCGCAACCCGCCCUCUUCGCAACCGUUCUCGCUGGCACCCCUGUACCCACUCCGCCCGCUCUGGAUUUUGUUUUGGGGCGGUGGGAGCCCUCAAGCCCUUCCUGCUCCCCCUCCCACUUCCCACUCAAAGUCAGAACGCAUCAGCUCGGACAGCCCUCGCACCAUACCUGUGUGUUUUCACACGCUUGUUUUUACGCGCUUAUCUUUUCCCCCUUUUGUUCGGCUUUUAACGUCUGUAAUUGCAAACCUGUAGAAUUUUUAACGGCUUGCUUUUUUUCUCGUUUUUUUUUUACGCCUUCCUUUUGCUUUUUUUUUUUUUGCUUCUGCGGGAGGGAGAAAAGGAGACCACCUGGAAAAAACAGGGUUCCUCACGAGUCUCCAAAUGGCUUUUUUCCAUUCUGGCUUUAAAAGGCGGUAUCGGUGAAGAGUGGGGGAGUAUCUUGGUCACCCCUCCUCCGGAGCUGAAACCAAACUCUGGUUUGGGGGUCAAAACGUCCACGAGAAGGCUAUUUUUGGAGGUGGGAAGACCACCAAGCGGUUUUUUGGGAAUCAUCCAUGCUAGGAAAAUGAAACUUCUGCGUGCCGGAGAUUCGUUGGACUCACCCCUCGAGCGUUGGCUACAUCACUCUGGGCAAUCAAAGAGAUCUAGCGUCCCUUUUGCUGAUCCUGCAAGCUGCUGGCCAGCAGAAGGAGCUCCUGGCCAGGCAGGGACCCUGAAUCCUUGCCUCUGUUCCGUUACCGUCAUCCCUCCGACCGUUAGAUGCCAGAGGCAGGGAGUCCCUUCCCGCUCGCCGAUUCCUCCACCCCGUUGUAUUUGCGAUUCUGCUUGUUUCUUUUUUUUUUUUUCCCCUUCUCGACGUCGCCCGGCCUGGAAGUUGCUAUUUUCCAUGCGGAGAUCAGAACCGUGGGAGGACCCCUCCCGCUCUCGGGGGCCCGACCUUUCCCCUCUUGGCUCCAAAGUAUUAGCCCUGGGUUCUUCAGGUCACCUUGGCGAUCAGUCCCUCUCGGAAAAGACCGCAAGCUCCCGGGAUGCCCGCUGCCCGCUUCCGUUUCGCCCCUCCAAACCUCCGAGCACUUAACGAAUCCACGGGGAGGCGGCAGGACCCUUGGCGCGGAUGCACCGGAGAGACACCGAGACCUGAAUUUUGCCCCCUCCGGCGCUCCUUAAAAAAAUUCCUCGGGACGAGGUCGGGAAAGCAGGACACGUCCCGCCAUCUGAACCUGAGACGGCCUAACGCGCCUGCCCCUUUCUCUCCCCAACCCCCCCCCUUCCCCCCCAAAUGUGCAAUUCUCUGCAAAGCCAGCUUUUGCGACAGGCAGCCUUAGAGGCCUCGGUGAUGAUUUUGUUUUGUUUUAUUUGAUUCUCUUGCUCUUUCGAACGUGGGAUUUUAAGCCCUUCCCCCCCACCCCCGGCUCGCCUUAGGCACUCCCAUUUUUAAUAUUCCUUCUCUUGGCUAUCCCUAUUGUGGCUCAAACAUAUGUGAGUCAUGUAGUUUUAAGAUUUUGGGUUUCAGUUUGGUUUGGAUAUUGUGCUGAUCCUUCCUUCCCUCUUCCUUCCUUCCUUCCCCUGUCUAUUCCUUCCUCCCUUCCCGUCUAUUCCUUCCUUCCUUCCCUCUUCCUUCCUUCCUUCCCUCUUCCUUCCUUCCGUCCCGUCUAUUCCUUCCUUCCUUCCCUCUCCUUCUUUCCCUUGUCUAUUCCUUCCUCCCUUCCCGUCUAUUCCUUCCUUCCUUCCCUCUUCCUUCCUUCCUUCCUUCCCCUGUCUAUUCCUUCCUUCCCUUCCUUCCUUCCUUUGUUCCUUCUCUAUUCCUUCCUCUCUUUUAAUCUUUUUUUUUCUUUCUUUCUUUCUUUCUUUCUUUCUUUCUUUCGGUGAUGUAGGAAACGUGCAAUAAUUUUUGCUCAAGUAUCAAAACAAAAUUCCAAAAAAAGCACCUGUUUGAAUUUCUGCCAAGAAAUUAGCCAAAAUUAGAUGGGGGACUCUUUUGCUAUCCGGAAAACCGAUUUUCUGGCAGGAUCUUAAAUCGACCUGCCCAUCCAUUUAUCUUCCUUUUGAGCACUCUUCCGAAAUUUGAUUUAUUUUUUUUCCCCCCAUAAACCUAAGCUCUUUUCUGUUCCCUUUCUCUCUCUCUCUCUCUUCCUCCCUCCCUCCCUUUCUCUUUCUAUUUUUGGGGGAAUGUAAUAUAGAAAAAAAAAAUACCUUUUUUAAUUUCAAAGAUUAAUACGCUGGCUUCCGUUUCUUUCUUUUUGGGGUGGGGUGGGUGAAGUUUACUGUUUAGUUGUAGCCGGUUUUGUGAAUCAUGCUGAGCUUUCGUUUUAUUUCCCUCGUUUAUAUUUUAUUUUAUUUUGUAUGUUAACGGUUCCGUCGGGGGGAAAAGCUACUCUGCCCCUCCUCCUUAAUUUUCCUUCCCUCCUCCCCUCCACGAAAAUUUUCUCUUUGCUUAACAGUAACCUUGCUGCCCGGGAAAAAAAAACACACACACAAAAAAAUACCCCGUUAUAACAAGGACUUCUUUGUUGUAUAUAAGCUAUUUCUUGACACAUUAAAGAAAAGGAAAAAAAAAAACCAGAGACAAGAAAUGGAAAAAAAAAAAAGGAAGAAAGAAAGAAAGAAAGAAAGGGGGGGAGGAAAAGAGGGGAGGGAGAAAACAAAACAAAGCAAGUUGUACAUUGUAUAGAGAAAAAAAAAAUCAAAACCACAAAACAGCUUAGCCAUGGAUAUUGUGACGUUUGUCGAUGUCCUUUUGUAGUGUGAAAACUCUUUUUGUGUAUGACAUUAAAAUGGUCAAAAGGUGGUUUCCUGUGGAAAGGGGGUGCAGGAGGGGGCUGGGCAGCUCCCCUCCACCCCAUGCACCCCCUUUUCAUCUCCCCCAAAAAGCUGAAAUGGAUUCGGUGGCUCUCAGUUCCCAUAAUGGUGCCUUUUCAUCUUCUUGUACCCCUGGACAUCCUCUCCCCCCCACCAACCCAAAGCCUGCCCCUCCUAAGCCCACCCUAGAUUUUCCCCCCCCAGGUUCGAGGGGGGGGUCCUUGGGGCGGCUGCAAGUACGACCACGGAUCUGAACAAUUCCCCUGUAAAUUUGCACUGGUGUUUUUUUUUUGUUUUGUUUUGUUUUGGGUAAAGAUGCUUUCGCUUUGGGACGCAACUGGGUUUUGAUGUUGGCCAAACAACUUAUCCCUUUUCAUCUCCAUCAUAGCCCAAUGAUCCUCCUCCCUCCAGAUGCUUUGAGAUGUUUGCACCUCUUCUGUCCGUGAGUUUUGACCUUGGCCACUUGUAAGAUGGGUGGACUUCCAAGUCCCAGAAUUCUGGAGGUUGAAGUCCACCCAUCUUAAAGAGAUUGAGGAAUUCUGGGAGUUGAAGUCCAUCUUAAAGAGAUUGAGGAAUUCUAGGAGUUGAAGUCCAUCUUAAAGAGAUUGAGGAAUUCUGGGAGUUGAAGUCCAUCUUAAAAGAGAUUGAGGAAUUCUGGGAGUUGAAGUCCAUCUUAAAGAGAUUGAGGAAUUCUGGGAGUUGAAGUCCAUCUUAAAGAGAUUGAGGAAUUCUAGGAGUUGAAGUCCAUCUUAAAGAGAUUGAGGAAUUCUGGGAGUUGAAGUCCAUCCAUCUUUAAAUGGUUGGGGAAUUCUAGGAGUUGAAGUCCACCCAUCUUAAAGAGAUUGAGGAAUUCUGGGAUUUGAAGUCCACCCAUCUUAAAAGAGAUUGGGGAAUUCUGGGAUUUGAAGUCUACCCAUCUUAAAAGGAGUUGAAUUAUGGGAGUUGAAGUCUACCCAUCUUAAAAGGAGUUGAGGAAUUAUGGGAGUUGAGGUCCAUCCAUCUUAAAAGCAGCCAAGGUUAAGAAACACUACAUCAACAUCCAACUUUGAAGGUCCUAAGGAAGCUACCAACUUGGAGAUAACAUCUGACCAUCCAUGGAACUUUGCCCCACAGCUGGAAACCCCUAUCCACUGGCCUCUUUCUGUUGCAGAAGUCGGAUCUAUUUUGGGGUCCGGGGGGGGAGUGGAAGGAGCUUUGAGACGAACCCCUUCCCCAAACUCACAUUUCCAAUUUAAUGUCAGAGCCACUUGGCAGAAGGGAUCCAAAUCGUAAGGUGAAGAUGUUGGGUUAGGGGUCUAAAGGGUGGCGAGAGAACAGGAAACCAGUCCUUUUGCACCAUUUUAAGAGGGGGUUUUUAAUUUCAUUUUUUCAUUUUUAUUUUUUAAUUUUUUGGGGCCUUGUGUUUUUGGAUCCGGUUUAAAUAAAAAAAAAACGGCGACGAAAAGAGGAUUAAACGAAAAAAAGAAAGAAAAGUUGUUUUAAAUAUUGCCAAUUGAUUAUGCAGUGACCUGAUUAAAAUAAUAAUAAUAAUAAUAAGCUAAUUUUUGGAGAAAGGAUUAAAAAAAAAACUUUGUAAUAUUUAUCACUUGCAAGCUAUGUUUAAUAAAGAAAGGAAUGGUUUAUACAUUUC